AUGCAAAGAGGCCGCGGAAGAGGAAGAGGUAGAAAUCCAAAUCCUUCCCGGAGCUCGUCGAGGAGAGGGGUCAGAUCCGUUUCCCGCAACACCACUUCAAGGACCUACCGCAACGCGUCAGUCCGACGGUCGGCUCGCAUAGCAGAACUGCUCAACGGCGAACUCAACGGUCAAGGCGAAUCAUCAGCAAGCAACUCCAUGGCUCACGUUGCGCAACAGCGGGCGUUUGGCAGAUCAUCAACUCGUUCAAGACACGACACCGGAAACAGGCGGGUCCCUCGGGCGAAUCGGACGUCCCUUUCGCCUGAAGACCGUGGAUACGCAAUGGACAUUGUUGUGCAACCACCCUCAAACGCCCGCGCCGGCUACUCCAUCAAUGGGACCAUCAUCGUGCGAUUACGAACGACGAAUCCGAACCCGAAUGCGGCAACUGAGGAUGCCUUGAACCUUGCUGCUAUCGCGUCUUUAGUACCUGGACCGGGUUCGACAGUCUCGUCAGACCCUACGGUGCUCAACACACUGCUUUCCGGCAGACGAGUCGAUAAUAUCCACACGCUAGCCGACGACGAAGCAGACGGCUCAAUCGCUUCCAUGGAGUUGAAUGAUUCGCAGGCUGUCGGUUACAUGCGCUUCUCCGGCCUUGUCAUCCGCCAGGCCGGCACUUAUCGUAUACGCAUCACUCUACUACGGAUGCGAAACUCGAGCUCAGACCCACCUCCAGCCUCUGUCACCGGCGCUGCAGCAGUCCAGGUCGUUGAUUCGAACCCCAUCACUGUUCAGGCCGGCGGCCCAACGGCAUAUAAUGGUAAGUACCUGGUGGCCAAAUAUUAA